UAACGAGAAUAUCACUUUCUCAUUGACAGUUGAUUAGUUGAAACUAAAUCGUAAAUUGUUAACAGCAAUUAAAAUUUAUUUUUCUUUUUAUUCCAACUUGUAAAAGUGAAAACAAAAAAAAAAUCAACAUGAUGAUCAAAUUGAUUGUUUUGAUUGUUUCCUGUUCAUUUGUUACAGUUAACGCAAUUCUUGCGCCAUUUGUACCAUGUGAAGGUCGAUCAGCGCUUUCCAAAAACAUAUCAGUGGACAUUGUACCUUGCGAUCUGUCGACGACCAACUCGAGUUGCCUUUUCCAACGGGGAGACAAUGCAAACUUCACAAUUUAUUUCUCUCCUGAUGUCAAUAUUUCCACACCAAUCGAACGAGUUAUCAUGGCCAAAUUCGCGAAAAAAUUAAAGGACAAAUACGUUGAAGUUCCUUACGGCGGUGGAGUCGCAGCCGAUGAUCGAACCUAUUAUAUUGACGAAUCGGGUUCUCCUCAAUCGAUCGAGGGAAAAGGCUUAAUUGCUGGAAAACCAUAUUUCUUCAAUAAUAUAUUCAACAUUCUUAGUUCAUCACCAAAGACCACUUUAUGGGCUCGUUACUUGAUUCGUGAAGCAAAACCCUGUAAGAAAAGUAAAUGCAAUUGGCUUCUCCAUCCUGGUCAAAUGUUGGUCUGUGUUGAGAUUCCGGUCACAAUUGUUUAGGAGAAAUAAAUCAACUCCGACAAUUAACUGAAUUGUAUUUUCGCAAAUUAUAUUCACUUUGAUUUUCUCCUUCAAUUUUUUUUCCUUCUUUCAUUUAAAUUGUAAUAAUUUGAUAUUAUCUCAAUUGUUAAAUUGCUAGUGAGUAAAAGAAAAAACAAAAUUAAACAAAUCAAAAUGCUAAUCAAAUAAAAAUCUAAAUUGUUUCAA